GCAAGAUACUAUCCCUUCCGGUGCCGUACCAGCUGCCAUCCCCAUAGACCCUGGCUCGGGACUGUUCGAUGAGAGGAGCAGGAGCAGGGGUAAGAGCAGGAGCAGGAGUAAGAGCAGCAGCAGGAUGAUUGACUUGUGGCUUCAUGCUCUGCCCGCCUCCGGGUAGAGGAAUUGGGAUGGUGCCCGGGCUACCAUGGUGCCCGGGCUCGAGGCAGAGGCUGCUUGAUAUGAGCAUACUUGUUCUCUCACUCUUGCUGUUCGCCUCGUCCUUGGGACAUGUUCCACAGCACGACCUUCAAUGGAGGCAGGUCGCUCAAGAGCUGCAUGAGAACAACAACGCGCUCCUCUCCGCGUUGUCUCCCUUGAACCCGGCCCCUCCAGCCCCUCCUCAGCUAGAGCAUGUUGACGUCUGCCUGCAAGGAAGCUGCUCCAACCAAGCGAUGCACGGACAUCCAGGGACGAGCAUCAAGCUCUACUGUCAAGAGCAUAAGCAGGCCUUGCACCGAGUGAUCCAUGACCUGCCGUUUUCUUCUGGUGUACAGCAUAGCAGGCACAGAAGAAUCCGGUCCUCGUUUCCCCAAAGAAGCGACAGAAGGGGCAGCACUCCGAGACAAUGGCUCCACAAGAAGUGCAGAGAGGAAGGCUGUUCGAAGCAGCCAUGUUUCGGGCUGGUUGGCUCUCCUCCUGUUUACUGCAAUUUGCACAGGACUAAGGAUAUGCAGAAUGUCGCAAGUAGGAAGUGCCGCAUGGAAAACUGCACGAAGCAAGCCAGCUAUGGCGAGUCAGGUGGACAGAUUAAGUUCUGUAUGCAGCACAAGAAUGAGUCGCACGUGAACCUCCGGACUCAGAGCAGUACAAGGAAGCAUGGCAGGCAGGCCUGUCUUCUGGAUGGAUUGAACGACGAGGAGAUGGAUCUCCUGAUGAAAAAAAAUGUCAGUGAAAUGAACGAGCAUGAGCUGCGAGGUGCCGUGCUCAAGUUCCGCACAAUACUUCGGAGCACAACAAGAACUGAGAGUACGAUCCUACUAAACUCGAGCCAUCAAAUCGAGCCAUGGGCACCAGUCAGCUCAACUUCCAUGCAUUUAGCUCGACUAUUGGAGAUGGAUUAUGAUGCGACUACUUUUGACGCAGUCUUGCAAGAUCAGUUCGAUACGCUCGACAAGCUAAGAGGGUUUUGAUGCCACUGUGAACUCUGUGCAUCCAUACACAUUUGCGUGUUUUGCAGCUCCGAGAUUCCUCUCAAGGCUUCCGGCGACUCGCCGAUCACUACCGGGCGUAUCAUGACAGUGUACGAGUCAGUCAAAGCCUGUGUCACACUAGCCCUGCCAACGGUGGCAAUGAAUAAAUUAG